AUGUCUUCCGCUACUUCAGAAACUUCCGAUUUUCUUCCCUUCAACCCCGCCCUCAGCACCAAGCCCAAGGCCCUCAGGAAUAUGAAGCGGCUCUCGCUCACGCUGCCCUCUGCGCAGUCGUCCAGCAGCUCGCUCGCUCUCCCGCCGCCGCCCGAAGCGCCGCAGCAAAUAGAACCCCCUACGGGACGGCUCCGCAGACCGUCCGUGGCCUCGCUUCCGGUGCUGCAUCGCAGAGAGGAAGACGGGGGAUCUCCCACAGCCCCUUACGCUGACGGUCCCAUCCAAAUCCUGCCCGGCAUCUGGUUAGGUUCAGAGGAUAACGCCAAGGACUAUGCAGGGUUGAUACAGCGUGGGAUCAAGGCCAUCCUCAACGUCGCGAAGGAGGUCGCCUCUCCGUUCGACGCCGCAUCGGCGCAGCCGAUCCGGCCCUUCGCGUCCACGCCCAAUCUGAGCGAAACUAUGGACACGUCCCGGUCCACCUAUUACCCCCCGCACGUGCCUACGGGCAGGCCUGGGAUGCACUAUCUAAAGCUGCACUGGUCUCAUGGUCAGUCGGACCUCAUCCAGCAGGGUUUCCCUGCAGCUAUGCAAUUUGUCGACCAAGCUCUCGAGCGGAACGAGGGCGUCCUCAUCCACUGUCAAUGUGGCAUCUCGCGGUCGGCCACCAUUGUGAUCGCGCUUGUUAUGCGUGCCGCCGCAACUUCUUCGCCUCAUGUCUCCCCUGAAGUGUGGGAACUCAAAGGCUACCAUGCCGCCUAUGAAUUCGUGAAAAACAAAAGCAAACAUGUCGGACCCAAUAUGUCUCUGAUUUACCAGUUGUUGGACUAUGAGCGCACCUUACGGCCCGGAAAUACGUCACCUACGCCAUCGGACAAGUCGUCCGAUGUUGCGGAGCUGGAGGAGGAGUGGGGGCGGAGGCGGCAGAUGAUGGAGGCGGCGUCGUCAGAUACCGACGAUGAUUGGCGGGAUAACAUCGAGGUUGCGCGGGAGGCCAGAGCCUUGGACAAGGCGAUGGAGGAUCGCAUAUUGGCGCGCAAGGCGUCGGCUUCGUCCACGUCGUCGGGUGGCUUGGGUAUGGGUCUUGCAUGGAAGACUCGUUACGGCGGGCGCCGUAGAACGGCCUCCAUCGCCAGUAACCUCACCAACGGCAGCAUCCUCAGUGAGGACUUAGUCGAGGAAGACGAGGAGGCGGAGCUGCUGGGUGUGGGUGGUGGAUUCGACGACAAGAGUCCCAUGUCGCGCGCAUCGAGCGCGGAGCCCGAAGACCUCUCCGACCCCCGGGAAGGGACCACGCCUUUCACGCCUAUGACCGCUCGUCCGUUAAGAACGCCCAGACCUCCGCCUUCUGCGCCCGCCCAUAAGACCGCGUUCGUGCUCCCGCCUCCUCCUGCCACGGCAAUUCGUGCUACGUUCGAUUUGCCCUCGCGCGGCAGGUUCGGCGCCAAGCCCAGACGCCGUCCGGCGCCCCUCGCUAUUCUGCCUCCCGUCCCCUCAUCGCCCGAAGCCCCUCCCUCCGCCAAAGGCCCUCCCAUCACCACCAAGCCCCCGCAGUCGGCCAAACCCGCCGUACCUACGCGCCUGCGCACCGAAUCCCGCCGCCCGACUCCACCUCCCCUCUUCCUCCGCUCGCUCUCGAACGAGGUCCUUCCCAUCAACAAAAACUCACCCCAAACACAGCAGAACGUCAACACGCCGUCACAGACGCUCUUCGUCUUCCCGCCGUCGCCCACGCCUACCGCACGGACGCCGUCCACCAUGACCCUCAUGUCGCACGCCGCUCCUGUACCCUUCCCGCUCGUUUCUCCCCCCAAGGUAUCGACCGUGCGCGCGCACGGGCGCACGCGGUCCUUCAUCGGGCUAGGCGUGCCGCCCACGCCGACGACGGCCUGCUCGCGCGUAGACGCGCGCGGCUGGUUCGGCGGCAGCUGA